CAACAAUGAUGUUAAGAGAAGGAUUGGGGCAAAAGAAGUGUAAAAAACAUUCUUAAAAUUCCACAAAUUGCAAUCAAAAUCACUUAAUCCUAUCUUCCCGCCACUCCAUUUAUCUCCUCAACCCUUAAGCUCGAAGAACAUCCAUGGCGGACAACAAAAAACGCCGCCGUACUCAAGAUUACAACUCCUCAGAUUCCGACAAUGAAGAAUCACCCACAAACAUAACCACAACCAAAACCCCCCAUUUAUCCCAAAAAUCUGCACCAUUCCUCAAACGCCUUAAACCAGAUUCCACCAUUCUCGAUUCCCUCAAACAAUUAGCAGACUCCAUUAAAAACCCAUCUUCAUCUUCAUCCAAAAAACCCACCACACUCGCGGACGUAUCCGCUUCUCUCUCUUCCUCUUGUCGUGAAGUUACCGACCUAUCUCUUUCCUCCGUCCAAUCUGAAAUCGAAACCCUAGUUUUCUCUAUCACUAAAUCAAUCCUCUCCGGUAAUGGAUUCUCCUUCAAUGUCCCUUCUCGUGCUUCUUCAAACCAUUUAUACAUCCCUGAACUUGAUCGAAUCGUUCUCAAGGAUAAAUCAUCUUCCCGCCCGUUUGCGGCCGUCGGAUCUGUCCGUAAAGCUACUGUUACCACCCGUAUCUUAUCCCUAAUCCACCAGCUCUGUAUUCGAAGCAUCCAUGUCACCAAGCGUGACUUAUUUUACACCGAUGUCAAGCUUUUUCAAGAUCAAUCCCAAAGCGACGCCGUUUUGGACGAUGUUUCUUGUAUAUUGGGUUGUACUAGGUCUAGUCUAAAUGUGGUUGCUUCGGAAAAAGGGGUUGUUGUUGGUAGACUUAUAUUCAGCGAUAAUGGUGAUAUGAUCGAUUGUACUAAAAUGGGUGUUGGUGGGAAAGCAAUUCCUCCCAAUAUUGAUCGUGUUGGCGACAUGAAAAGCGACGCCUUGUUCGUGCUUCUCGUCGAGAAAGAUGCUGCUUUCAUGCGAUUGGCCGAGGAUCGAUUCUACAAUCGAUUCCCAUGUAUAAUAAUCACUGCAAAAGGUCAGCCUGAUGUUGCUACUAGAUUGUUCUUGAGGAAAUUGAAACUUGAAUUGAAUUUACCUGUAUUAGCAUUAGUUGAUAGUGAUCCAUAUGGGUUGAAAAUUUUAUCAGUUUAUGGUUGUGGGUCUAAGAAUAUGUCUUAUGAUAGUGCAAAUUUGACUACUCCUGAUAUCAAAUGGUUGGGAAUUAGGCCAAGUGAUUUGGAUAAGUAUAAGAUACCUGAUCAAUGUAGGUUGCCAAUGACUGAACAGGAUAUUAAGACUGGUAAGGAUUUGCUUGAAGAGGAUUUUGUGAAGAAGAAUCCUGGUUGGGUUAGAGAGUUGGAGUUGAUGGUUAAGACUAAACAAAAGGCUGAAAUUCAAGCUCUUAGUUCAUUUGGGUUUCAGUAUUUGUCUGAGGUUUAUCUGCCCCUUAAGUUGCAGCAAAGAGAUUGGCUUUGAUCAGUUUCGUGAUGAGUCUGAGUGUAGUGUUAGAGGUUGAUGGCUCGAGAAUCAUGGGUUCACGCUAGCAGUUGAAGGUUCACUCGUAUAGUUUUGCGAUAAAGAUUUGAUUCUGAUCACCUAUAAAACAUAUGAAUUUGAGUAUAGUUUUAAAGGUUGAUGGGUCUAGAAUCAUGGGUUGGGGCAAUCGGUUGAAGGUUUUCCCGUACAGUUUGCAACAAAGAUUUGAUUCUCAUCACCUACAAAACAUGAAUUUGAGUGUAGUUUUAAAGGUUGAUGGUACUAGAAUCAUGGGUUGAGACUAGCGGUUGAAUGCUCUCCCGUACAGUUUGCGACAAAGAUUUGAUUCUCAUUACCUACAAAACGGAUUAAUUUUCGCUUCCUCUUACCAGUAGGCGAUUCUCUAUCCUUACCCGAUAAAGAAGAUCGAUGUGUUGCUUUCAAACAUUUUAUGUUAGUUUAUUGUUUUCAGUGGAGUUUAUGUUGACUGACUGUUUCUGAUGUAUCUUGGCAAUUGUAAUGAAAUGUAUCUUUGUAACUGAAAUUUGGAUGUUGAAUGUUGAAUGUUGAAUUUUCAUUGCUUAAUGGGAAAUUAGGAAUAAGAUUUUAGUA